GAAGAAUAUAAAAAUGAUUAAUAAACAAGAGAAACUUUCUAAAAGUAAACAUUGAAGUCGGCAGAGAACUAAACAUUCGACUUUCGCAAAGGUACCUGUUAAGUUACACAGAACCCCUAUUCUGGACAUCAUGAGCAACCCAAACAACCCCAACAUCCAACAACGCAGUACGCCGCAAUGGGGCCUCUACCAGAGAGAAUUAUUCUGGGCCCCGAAUGAGAAUAAGCAUCCACCUUUUAACACUGACCCCGACAAGCUCAGGGCAACAGCCAAAGAGCGUCUAAGCCAAGCCGGAUGGCACUACGCCUCCUGCAACGCCGGCCAAUCCCUAACCCACUACGCCAACCGCGCCGCCUUCUACCGGCACCAGAUCAUCCCGCGCACGCUCGUCGACACCACCGCGCGGGACACUUUAACCAGCAUCUUCUCGCACCAAGUCUCCGCCCCCAUCGGCUUCGCCCCCAUAGGCAUAAACCGCAUCUACCACGCGACAGGCGAGCUCUCACCCGCCAAAGUCGCCGGCGAGCUCGGGCUUCUGUACUGUCUGAGCUCGGCGGGGAGCUACAGUAUCGAGGACGUGGCGCGCGCGAACGAUGCGGGCGCAGAGCAGCGAAGAAGAAGAAGCGAUGAUGGGGAGAAAGUUGGAGCAGGGGAAGGGGGAGAGGUAGGGGGAGCGAGAUGGUUCCAGCUGUACUGGAGCCCGGACGAAGCCGUGGCGCUGAGCAUGCUGAAACGCGCCGCGGAUAACGGGUACGCGGCGUGCGUGCUCACGACGGAUACGUGGCAGCUGGGGUGGCGCCACGACGACGUGGCGCACGGGAACUACGCCUUCUACCACGAGCACGGGGCGGGCGAUCUAGGGCUCCGCGACCCCGUUUUCGCGGACCGCGUAAGUGCGGCGGGAUUGGAUCCGGCGGUUGAUAAGAUGAAGGUCGGCGCGAGCUGGAUCGAUGGGCAUAUCUGGCACGGGCAGUCGUUCGCCUGGGACAAGAUCCCGUGGUUGAUCCAGAAUUGGAAGAGGUUGAGCGGUGGCAAGCCGUUCGCGAUUAAGGGCAUCCAGAGCGUGGCGGAUGCGAGGAAGGCGGUCGAGCUGGGCGUUGAUGGGAUCGUGGUUUCGAAUCAUGCGGGGAGGCAGGUAGAUGGGGCGGUGGCGAGCUUGGAUGCGUUGGAGAGGAUUGUGGAUGCGGUUGGGGAUAGGAUUUAUAUUAUGUACGAUUCGGGCGUCCGCAGUGGAGCUGAUGUUUUCAAGGCACUUGCACUCGGAGCCAAGUUUGUCUUCGUGGGACGCCUUUGGGUUUAUGCUCUUGGUUCUGGUGGCGAAGAGGGCGUGAGACAUGUGAUGAAGAGUCUGCUGGCGGAUUUCGAUAUUCUGAUGAAUGUCGCGGGGUACCCUGACUUGAAAGAGAUCAACCGCGAUGCGCUUGACUCGUUACCUAAGGGGUCUUGCUAUCCUCCUACGACUGAGAUGGCUUGAAUGCCAAAGGUUAAGGAUAUCUUGAUUGAUAAGGGAAUGCGCAAAUUGUCGUUCUCGAGAUCAAGUAGCAGAAAAGUGGUGAAG